UCCUGCAAUGGGAGUUGAAGUCUGCAGAGCUACUUUGCCAUCUGACAAGCUGUGUACUCAUGAACUGCAUCUCCCAUGAGUCACCCAGCAUCACCAAUUCUAUUUGGGGUUCACAUGGUUCAGGGGUGGUUGUGAAACUCUUGCACCUGACAGGACUGCUCAUCAUCUACAGACUGAUGCAAAGCUAUUCCUCAUGAGGUAGCAGAAAAGACACGGCAUUCGUUUCUCUACAGAAUAAGCAAAGCUUCCUAUUACCAUGGAUAAACAGUCCACAGUGGUGUUUCGAAAUGUGGGACAGCUCUACUUCCCCCAGACCAGAGUGGAGUGUCACUACAGCCUGAGCUCAGACCAUCAGUGGAGCAGCAGUGACUGGAUUGGCAUUUUUGAGAUGGGCUGGUCUUCAGUUAAACAGUAUUACACGUACACAUGGGUUCUAGUUCCUGAAGGUUACACUGAGGGAACCACUGUCGACUUCUGUGCACUUUUCCAGGCAUCCUACCUGCCCCGGCCCAGUACUGUGGAGUACCAGUUUGUAUAUGUGGAUAAGAUGGGGGAGGUUCGUGCAUGCAGUCAUCCCUUCACUUUCUGUGCUCCCAAACCGCUGGAUGAGCUGGAGACUCUGAAAGAAGAGCAAGAAGAGGAGGGAGAGGAAGAGCUGCUCCUGGUCAUCCCCAGGGCUCAGCUGCUGCAGAGUCGACUAGAGGAGUGCUUGAAAAAGCAGGCGGAUUUACAGCGAGCUCUGGAUGCAGCAAAAAAAGAGGCAGACAACGAGAAAGAAGACUGCAAAAAAGCAAGAAUGGACUGGGAGUGUGAAAGAGAAGCAAUGAAGGCGGAGAUCACUGAGCUCAGAGACAACCUGAGACACGACCGCGAGAUGCUGAAGAACAUGGAGGGAAAACACAAGGAUGUAAAAUACGAUCAGGAAAAUCUAAACUCUGAACUGAGUAAACUUAUGACUGAAAAGGCUGAGAGUCAGCAGCAAAUCAAAGACCUGGAGGAUGACAUCAGAGUUCUGACUGACAGAGAGAAAGAAGGAAACAAUGAACUGGAAAGACUGAAAGAGCGAGUGAAGAGAAUGUCCAGUCAAAUGAAGCACGACGAGGAAAAGAGAAAGUCUCUGCAGGUGGAGAACGAGGCUGCUCUGGCGGAGCUGCGAGGGCUGCAGGACCGUGUGGAGACCAGCGAACAUAUAGCUGAGAACCUCCGUCGGGAGCUGAGGGAGCUGGGCACCCGACAGGGCAACACCCAUGCUGAGCUGCACCAAGCCCGGCUGCAGGUGGCCCAGCUGACCCUGCUGCUGUCUGAGGAGAACCUGGUCCUCAGGGAGGAGAGGGCCAACUGGGCUUUAGAGAGAGAGGCAUACAAACAUGCAGCAGAAAGUGAGAAGAAGAAAUUACAAGAUCUGAGCUGUGAGGUGCAGAGAAAAGAAGAGUGGCUCCAGGAGGAGAGGACAGAGAGAGAGAAACUAGAAGUAGAGCUCGGGGAAGAGAAAGAUUACAAUAAAGUGCUGCUGAGAGAGCUGCAGGAGCUGAAGGCCAGUCUGAGAAAAAUCCAGAAGGAAAGAGACGAGGAGCAACUAAACAAACAGGACCUGGUGAGCUACAUUCAUCAGUUAGAGCAGAUGUUGGAGACUGUGCCAGAAACUAGAUCAAAUAUCGUAGUUUCUACAUGCAUCUCUUCUGACUCGUCCUCUGAGGAUGACAACGAUGAAUCUUCAGCCUGUGAGGACUCACCAGCCUCAGACACAAAGGACGAGAAGAGGCAGGACUGUGAAACAAGAGCUGAUGAACGGAAGGAACUGAUCUUAAAAGACCUCGUCAACCCCGUCCUGAGUGAUCUGGCUGACGCCCCCAUGUGGUAACACAAGGAAGAACUGAUAGUCAGGUUGAUGUGUAUCACUGCAAAAAUAAUUGUCUUUAGGAACCUGUAACAUUUUGGGAUAAUUCUCCCGUUUUGUUAAUGUUAAAAUUAGAUGCCUGUUUUCAGAGAAAAUGUGGCAAAGUUUGUAAGUGUCCAGAUUUGUGUUUAUUAGUGUGUUUAAUGGUUUCACUACUGAUUCAGAAUUAUUCAGUAAGUUUAACCUAAAGAUGUAAGUGCUAAUUACAAAGUUUACAGUUUUGUCCUCUUUAUAUUUUUCGAUGCAGACACCAGCUAUCCCACAACAUCUUGCAGUUUGUUUUAGAACAUGUGCUUCCUUUGCUAUUAUCUUUUUAGUUCAUUACAAUGUGGAUUUGUUGCAACUGCUGUGGUGAAUGUGGAACUUGAUGUUAUGAUACCUUGAACUGAAUCCGCUGCAUCGUAUUUUGGUGGCAUACCAGCCCAUAAACUCUGUGUGACUCCUGAGAUCGUGGUGAAUGUGUGGGUGUGCGUCACGGUGCAGUGUGAAAUGUUUGGUUUCAGUUUGUUGAGAGCAACGCCAGGUUGGAUGAACAUGAACGUGUAUUUCUGAUAUUUUUCCUUAUUGAUACGACCCCCUGUCAGAAAGACGGGGCUGUAAAAUAAAAGAUGAAAACACACA